CGCACCGGAAACUACCUCACUUCCUGUUUACAAAUGGCGGUUAUAGAUACAGUAUUCUAAAAUAGGACAGGUUAUUUAUUGAUUUGUUAAAAUUAUUUAUUAUUUCUUUAUCAUAUGUUUAUGGUUAAACUAUUAAAUUAUUUUUUCAUGCAAACCAAAUCAAUCAGAAAGGUCGAAUUCAUCGAAAUACAUAUAGUUGCAGUCGCAAUGAAUCACUGACUCAAGUUGGAUCUUGUAAUUUGUAAAAUGUUUGUUAACGUUACUGCAGCAGAUUUAAUUUUCCUUAAUACUGAGAGUUCAUGAAGAAGGAAGAAAUGAGUAGAGAACAGAAAAAGGGUCAAAGUUCAGCCCAUGUGCUCCUUCAAAAAGCUUCUUCACAGCUUCGUGGUGAACGCGUACCACUCAAGACCAGAGAAGAGGAUGAACUUGCUCAAUACUUGAGCUCCUUGACCCAGAAGACAUCUCAACAGGUCAAGUCAGUCAGUUAUGAGGAGUAUGGAGACAUAUCCAUCUCAAGUGGGGCUGACCCAAUGGCCCCAAUGGCACAUCGUUCUGCCAGUCCUGUUGUUGGUACUGGCAGUAAAUUUUUAAAGAAGAAGAGCUCACCAGCUAUGGAAGCUGAGGCAACUGCAUCCAGAAAGCAGGUUGUUUCUCAUACACAUUGGAACAGUCAGCCAGCCACAUCAAGUCCAUCGUCCUUUAGGAAAGGCCAAGCUGAGGAAGCUUCUUCAGGAGCUGGGAAGAAGAGCAUACUUCCUGCACAAACAUCAACAGCUUUAAACAAAGCAAUGACUCUGGCCAAUAUGAUCACACAGCGCUCAACUGCUUCAGGGUCUGGCAGGCAGCUGGGCUCCUCCAAGGAUGACGGUGGCGAUGACAAACAUGCCACUUUUCAGCACCAUCGGGUUACAGUUGAUAAUGCAAGAUCAAGAUCAGAAUCUGCCUCAGACUCUAGUAUUGGUCAUGACAGGGGCAAGUUUGUAAAGAAACCACAGAUACCUCAACGUGCCAGCCCUGAAAAAAGUGUGUCCUCUGCAUCUUCACAAAAUGUUUCAGUUGUAGAAAAAGACGGGAGCAAAAGUUUAGUUAAACAACAUCCGACCAGGCGGCUGCACUCUUCUUCUCAGGUAUAUCUGAUGUCAGAAGAUGAAAGUUUGGCUGAAUUUAUUCAGCACCUUUCUGGUUCAGAUGAAUCUGAUCAGAAAAUAGUUAAGCAAAAAACUUCCAAAAGGUUUGCUCAGGAAUCCAAGCGUUCAUUGCCAAAUAAGCAGAUUACAAAACAGCGUACACCAUCUCCUGCAAGUGUCAAGGGGGGCCAUCCUUUUCACAGAGCAUCUCAUUCCAGCUUUCAACGUUGGUCCUCCCAGGAUUCUGACAUAGCAGACUCAAUUGCUAGUGAAGUUGCAGAUAACAUCCAUGGAAAAAUAAUGAUUGCUGACUCUAUUAGCCUUGACGAACCUGUCCCAAUCAAAGUUAUGGAUGCUAGUUCCCUUGACCAGUCAAUGUACAGUCUAAAAAAACCUUCAAAAUCCAGUCAUAACAAGAAAGGGUCAAAGGCCAAAGUAAGUCCUUUUAAACGAGCCAGUCCACCAGUCACCUCCAAUAAGAGAAAACUGAAGAAAGAGGGAAAACAUUUCGACAAAAACAAAAGAAAUAUCUUUCAGUCAUUUGGCGUUCACACUGUGGAAGAGCUCAUUGGAGGUGCUUCUGAAAAAGAAAACUCUGAUGAGUCCGAAAUUUUAACAGAACCUUUAAAAAUAAGAAAACAGAAGGAUCAUUCAACUUCUCAGAUCAUUACUGAAAUUCACUCAAGUACCACCCCUCAGCGACAGGUUUCAUACUCAAGCCAGUUUGAAGAAAGUAUAUCUGAGAAAAUUGGUGAAGAACAUCGUGGCAGUCAUUUAAAUCAUUUAAGGAGUGUUUCCGAAGCUGGAAUGCAGCAAGGUGAUGAGGAGACAGAAACUGAUGACUAUUCAGAGGAUUUUGCCAGUGAAACAUUGUCUGUGGCAAAAACCUCAGAAGAUGAAGACAGCUCCCAUUAUAAAUACUCUGAUGAAGAUUUGCAAAGACAGAGUGUUGCUACAGAUGCUCAGAAGACCAAGCUGGUGAUUGAGAAGAGAAGUGUAGAGAUUCAAACUGCAGCACCACCUGGACUUCACUACCAGUGGAAUGUGACACAAACAGGAGUAUCCAUAUUGGGGCCUUCACAUGGACUUCACUAUGUUGAUCCUACACCCAUAGCAGCCACAGUUGUCAACCCUGAUGCUCUUGAAGCUAUGACAGCAUAUAGCCCAGCAACAAUGGCCUUAAUUGACAUGAUGAAGCAGCAAAUGGACCUCAUCAGGCAGUUCAUAAGAGUGCAUGACUGUCUCUACCAUUCCCUUACAGACUCCAAUGUUCCAGACUACCAUUAUACCACACUUCAAGAUACCAAAGAGUAUAUUAAGAGGCACAGAAAUCCCAAACUUGCUGUGAAAGAGGCACUACAAGUGGUGUCAGAAGAAGUGAACUGAUGACAGGUGCUAGAAACUUCAGAUAAAAGUGUCUUAUGCAGUAA